ACCACUCUCCCAAUUGUUCCGAUCGCGUGAAAGGACUGUUCACUACGACACAAAUCAAUCAAUAUGAUGCGGCUUUUCACGAAGCUUAUCGCAUGCCUGGUUGUACGGACCGCAGGCGCAUACGUCAAUCCCAGCACGGUAACUAUCACAAAUGACUUGAGAAGGCACCAAGAAGCGCCGGUACCAACACCUCCUAUACAUGGACUGGACAGGCGCCAAACAGAUGGUGCUGGCCGGACGUAUACUCGAACCAUUGCCCCAGACUCUGUUUGUGGCUAUCUUUCGGCUUCACCUGGUAACGACAUUGUCUGCGAAAAUGGCGAGCGCUGCAACUGGGUCAAAGCAAAUGGGCUCAAUGCCGUCUUCUGCGGCAUCAGCAGGAAUGUAACUGCGAAAAUCAAAUGCUACGGGCGCGACGCGAUGGCAGCCGACCCCGGGCUAUGUAAUGACGUUUGCCAAAGUAAUAAGUUUAACCUGCAAUGCACCGAUGAAGCUGCACCAUACUGUCGUACAUACGCUUAUCCAGAAGGCAUACGCGACUACAGAUGUGCCUCAACGCCCGUAACCGUGGCACAAAGUGCCGACUUUACCUAUGAAGGACAGGUGGGCCGGUCUUUUGAGACAACAGUCGUCUCCAAUAUUGCAAGGACGACCGAGGAAUCCCAGAGCGAUUCGACUGCCGCUCCAGCCUCCUCAAGGGCAGGAACAACACCAAUCUCCACUUCGGAUUCCUUAAAUUCGUCAGACGAGUCGAAAGGAAGCAGUGUGCCCGUUGGUGCGAUAGUUGGUGGUGUAGUCGGAGGCGUUGCCUUGAUCGCUCUCAUAGCCGUCGCCAUUUUCUUCUUUCGUAAAAGAUCCACGCGGAAACGCAACUCACCGCCAGAGAAUAUCGACGGCGGCUAUCCUUCGGUUCAACAAGUCUACCCCGAGCCUGACCAACAGGGGUACCCACUACCAUCACCACGUAGCGAACUGUACGGCUCAAAAAGCGGCAUGAUUUCGCCCGUCCAGUCCACAGACUACGGACGACCCAAUUCUUCGGCUUAUGACGGUCAGACAGUCAGUGAUAUGCACAGGCCGUACUCGCCGGAAGCCCAGUCUUCAUUUCAACAACCAGUGGCAUACGAGAUGGACCAAGGGAACAGCCUCAAUAGGGGGCAGGUGCAUGAGAUGGGCUGACAGCUUACCUAGCUAGGCAGAUAUAGAGAGGGCACAUGGCGGUACUCUUCAAUUCACACAUGCGUUGAACCACCUUGCGCGGCGCCACUGGAACACCUCACGGCUUGGUAAUGAAAGUGGAUGUAAAAUAUUGAGAAUUGGACUGUCUCGGUGAUUUGUGGUGCAGGGUGGCAGUGGGAAGUUCUUUAAUUGGUGUUUUAUACUUGUUCCAAAACCGGGUUUCGUCACGAUCUGUUUCCAGAUCUAAUUCAAAGAAG